AUGAGCACCCUGAGGAAUGCAGCACUCUUCGUGCUGGCUGUCUCCUUCACAGUCUUCGUCGCCUUCUUUGGCCGACUACCGGCUCUGAGACAUACGCCAAUCGCAACGAUGCAUAGAAUAAUGUGGAUCCAUAUUCCAAAUGGCUUCCUCGCUAUAGACCGACUUGUAACGGGAGGGAGCUUCUCAACUUCCAUGAAACGCUUCGGCAACUUCAUGAUGCAUGACCGGCAUCCCACUGUCGUCGUCUUCUUCCUGCUCAUCCUCUCGGUAUCGGAAUGCUUGUAUCUCCCUGGAGCGUGGCCCCAGAUUUCCCUCUUCCACAAGAUCGCGGGCUGUGUCGCCAUCUUCUUCCCCUAUUGGUUUCUGUACCUGUCUGUCAUGGCCGACCCUGGCUAUAUCACCGCCGAAAACCAUGCCUACUACAUGUCACUCUACCCCUAUGACUACUCAAUCUUCUACCCCGGACAGAAGUGUAGCACGUGCAACCUCAUCAAGCCGCCCCGGUCCAAACAUUGCAGCAUCUGUAAGCGCUGCGUCGCGAAACUUGACCAUCACUGCAUCUUCAUCAAUGGCUGCGUCGGCUACAAGAACCAGCAUUAUUUUGUCCUCCUCCUCCUGUCGACGGCUGUGCUCACCUCCUACGGCGGAUUACUGGGCUUCUCCCUCCUAUCUAGCAAGAUCGCUUCCAACUACGCCAAAUGGUCGCUGUGGCCGCCGCAGGGUAUGGAGAUUAAGGAAUAUCUGCUCAUCUGGAGCUGGGCCCUGCAGGACAACGUCGGCAUGGGCGCCGUCACCCUCCUCGCCGCCAUGACCUCUCCUCUGGUCUGGGGUCUGCUGUGCUACACAUUCUGGCUGAUCUACUGCGGCACCACGACCAACGAAUCCCUGAAAUGGUCCGACUGGAAGGCUGAGAUGGACGACGGCUGUGCUUUCAAGCGCAGCAUGCCCGCAAACCGCGUUAAGGACAAGCGCUUUGAGCCGGAGAGGACUCGUUGGCCUCUUCAGACGCAACAGGUGUUGACGAGGACCGAUGAUGGGAUGCCCCCUCCGGAACAUGGGCCAGGAGAUGGUGAGUGGGAGCGCGUGUGGAACCUGAAAGAUGUCGAAAACCUUUAUGAUUUGGGGUUGUGGGACAACUUGGCAGACAUUUUUGUGUCGAAUUACGACUUCAACAUGAAACAAGACCAACCAUCUGUAGAGGCCCUGGGACGACAGAGGCAUCCACCCAAAGCUUGA